UACCACCUUCUUCCCGAGAUCUCUGUAACGCAGCUGAGUUCCAUGUGGCCGGAAUAUUGUUUUGAAAGGUUUUAACUAAAGAAACACUGCCCGACGGAUAUCUGCCGAAAGAUCGUUCGAUGUACUUCGACAAAACAUAAUAGCUAACAUUGGUUUGUGUUAUGUUGGAAGAACUGUUACAGUAUGAGGUAUCUGAGUACCUACGUCUGCCAGUCUGGCUUUUGCUCCUGGCAGUCAUUUCAUUCACUUAUCUCAGCAGAUUUUGGAUGAAGCAAACCAAAACCAAGGUUGCGGAGGUUAAAGAAUCCGUGGAAAAAACCGUUUCCAAAGAUUGCAAAACCGAGGUUAAAGAAUGGAAGAGAUCGUUACACAUUCUCUAUGGAUCUCAAACUGGACAUUCAAAGAUUUUGGCUGAAAGCCUUGCUCAAAAUGCUGAGCAGCAGGGUGUUCAAGUGGAAGUGUUGAAUAUCAAAGACUAUGAUCCUGAGGACCAUAUAAAACACUUUAAAUCUCCUGACCGCAUCUAUGUGAUAAUUAUCUCCACCUAUGUACAAGGCUCCCCACCAGAUGACGCUGUCUGGUUUUAUAAAUGGCUGAAGGAGACAGCUGUUGAUUUCCGUGUUCAGAAGAACUUCCUAGAAGGAAUGAUAUAUGCAGUAUUCUCCCAUGGAAACUCAGAGUACAAGGAAAAUUUUUCUGUGGUUGGCAAAAACAUUGACGCUUGGCUUCACCAGUUGGAAGCUAACCGAAUCCUGCCAGUGGGUAUUGGAGAUGAGGACACUACACAGAGUUCACAUGGGGGUCUGACAGAAGACUUCAAUGCCUGGAAUAAGAAGUUCUGGAAGAAGAGUAUUCCAGUGCUGAAAGGUGGCACUCUGCCAGUAGAAUCCAAUAAAUGUUGUAAAGAGACGUGUGAGAAGAAAUGCUGUGAUAAAGACAACAAUUCUUCAAACCAAGAGGUACUGAUGGAGACGUCAAGUGAAGAGGAGGAAGAUGAUGCAGACAACAUAGAAAGCUCAGGGUCGUUACCUGUCACUCAGUCUAACGGAUUGGUUGACCUUGAAGAUCUCGGCAAAGUCAUGAAACAUGUCAAGAAAACCAAGACAAAGCCAGAGAUUAACGGCUACAUUGUUUCAACAAAUAAACAGACCAAGAACGAGGAACCUAAACCAAUGAUUACAGAGAUUUUCAAGAAAUCCUUAGAGAAGCAGGGCUACAGUUUAAUUGGGACACAUUCAGGUGUGAAACUGUGCCGAUGGACAAAGUCGAUGCUACGAGGUCGUGGUGGCUGUUAUAAACACACAUUCUAUGGGAUCGAGAGCCACCGGUGUAUGGAGACCACUCCCAGCUUAGCUUGUGCCAAUAAAUGUGUCUUCUGUUGGAGACAUCACACAAACCCUGUCGGUACAGAAUGGCGCUGGCUAAUGGACGAUCCCGAAUAUAUUUUCAAAGGGGCCAUUGCAAAUCACACCAAGAUGAUAAAACAGUUUAGGGGUGUUCCUGGUGUAUUACCUGAACGUUUCAACGAAGGUAUGUCACCGAAGCACUGCGCUUUAUCAUUGGUCGGAGAACCAAUCAUGUAUCCAGAAAUCAAUAAAUUUAUUGAUCUCCUUCACAACAAAGAGAUUUCAACAUUCCUUGUAACCAAUGCCCAGUUUCCAGAUGCAAUACACAAUUUGAUACCUGUUACUCAGCUCUAUGUCAGCGUUGAUGCAAGUAAUAAAGAAAGCCUUAAGAAAAUAGACCGUCCACUCUUCCGUGAUUUCUGGCAGCGUUUUCAGGACAGCCUUCUGGCAUUGGCUGAGAAGAAACAGCGUACGGUGUAUCGACUAACUCUGGUUAAGGGCUGGAACACCGAUGAAAUUGAAGCUUACGCCAAUCUUGUUGAUUAUGGUAAACCUGAUUUUAUUGAAGUCAAGGGUGUUACUUACUGUGGUGAAUCGAAGGCCUCCACAUUAACCAUGAAAAAUGUGCCGUGGCAUGAGGAGGUGUGUGGAUUUGUACAGCAGCUUGCUGACCUCCUUCCCGACUAUGAGAUCGCUUGUGAACAUGAGCAUUCCAAUUGCUUGCUGGUUGCUAACAAAAAGUUCAAAGUGAAUGGUGAAUGGUGGACUUGGAUUGAUUAUGAGAAAUUUCACGAGUUGGUACAGAACAGAAAGAAUAACAGUGAAAUGAUAUUUACUGCUGAGGACUAUAUGGCCAAGACCCCAGACUGGGCUGUCUAUGGAGCAAAAGAACAUGGAUUUGAUCCUUCAGAUAAACGGUUUUUCCGGAAAAAACAAAAAGAUAUUUCUGGAUGCUGAAAGUAGUCUGUGAAAAAAAGAGAAAAACAGGAAAAAAAA